AAAAAACAUCCCGAGCACACAGAUCCGCUACAUUGUAACACCGCGGUGCUUUGAUCCUAGUUUUCGGGGUUUGGAGCCCCUCCGGACACACAGAGAGAACAUGCCCGGACAGAGGUAACCGUUCCCGGGCUGCUGCUGCUGCCUCCUCAGCCGGCUGAAGGACCAGGAGCAGAACCACAGAUGGAGAGGCCGAGCAGACUGCUGCUUGUAUCCGAGCUGCGCGUCAGAAACUCGGCGUACGAUGUGAGUCUGAGUCGGUCCCUGCUGACCUGGAAGAGACGGGCCUCCAGUCCGGUUUACCACCCGUUCAGACCCAGGUUUUGUGUUCCUUCAUUCCCUCGUCGUCAAGCCUCAGGUGUGUGUCACAGUGUUUCUGUGUCAGAGAUCAUCUCCGUCAGAGAGGAAGAGGAGGAGAACGGCUGCAAAGACGAUGGCAGCUGGAAAAAAAUCAAUGAGCGAGAAGGAAAGGACUGCAGGCAGGCCUUCACAGUGCUGUACGUGGAGAGGUGUCAGCAGCAUCGCUGGCGGUGUGCUGAAGUCUCCUUCACGUGUCCGGAGGCAGCGCUGUGUCAACGCUGGGUCACCAGCAUCAGAGAGCAGUUGGCAGCUAUCACCAGCAGACCCAAACAGCUGCUGGUCUACAUCAACCCGUACAGCGGGAAGAAACACGGGAAACACAUCUACGAGCAGAAGGUUGCCCCGCUGUUCGCCCUGGCCGGCGUCACCACGCACGUUAUCGUGACGGAGCACGCCAAUUAUGCAAGAGACCACCUGAGGACGGAGGUGGAGCUGAAGAAGUUUGACGGGGUGGUGUGUGUCGGGGGGGACGGCAUGUUCAGCGAGAUCAUCCACGGGCUGAUCUGGAGGUCGCAGAUCGACGGCGGUGUGGAUCCAAACUGUGCCGACGAAUCCCUGCUCCCCAGCUCGCUGCGCAUCGGCAUCAUUCCUGCAGGUUCGACAGACUGCAUCUGCUUCGCCACUGUGGGCAGCAACGACCCCGUGACCUCUGCGCUGCACAUCAUCGUGGGAGACUCUCAGCCAAUGGACGUGUGCUCGGUUCACCACAACAACACCUUCCUGCGGUACUCCGUCUCGCUGCUUGGAUAUGGUUUCUACGGCGACGUGCUAACUGACAGCGAGAGGAAGAGAUGGAUGGGACCGGCGAGAUACGACCUCUCAGGUGUGAAGAUGUUCCUGACUCAUCAUUACUACGAAGGCACGGUGUCCUACCUGCCGGCCAGAGGCAUCAUGGGAACCCCAAGGGACGCUGGCAGGUGUCGAUCCGGAUGUGUAAUUUGUCAGCACAACAGGAGGCUAAUUUCCGAGAAAGCUGAGAGGUACCAAAUGGAUGAAGAAACAGACCGUGAAAGUGAAGGCGAGUGGAAGACGAUCCGUGGGAAGUUCCUGGCGAUAAACGCUGCCAGUAUGAGCUGUGCGUGUCCUCGCAGCCCCAAAGGACUCUCGCCUGCCGCUCACCUAGCCGACGGCACCACCGACCUCAUCCUGGUGCGGAAAUGUUCCCGCUUCGACUUCCUCAGACACCUCCUACGACACACCAGCAAAGACGACCAGUUUGACCUGAACUUUGUUGAGGUCCACCGGGUACGGCGUUUCUGCUUCACCCCCCGUCACUGCCAGAGCGACUCGGACCUGGACCUGCGGGAGAACGGGAAGCACCAGAUCUUCGGCCAGAUCUGCAGAAAUCACCCGGCCUGCGGCUGUGCGCCGGCCUACAGCAGCUGGAACUGCGACGGCGAAAUCCUGACACACACGGCCAUCGAUGUCAGAGUGCACAGCAACUUGAUCAAGCUGUUUGCACGAGGGAUCGAGGAGCCCACGGUGUUUGACGAUAUGACCAACCCUUGUGCAAUAUGAGCCCCGUCACCACCUGUCAGACACUGGACUCCACUUCCUGUUUCCAGCCCUCGUAUCAUGUGACACUUCAGGAUUCAACGACUCAGCAAAGAGUUGGGCUGUUACUCGACAAAAAACAAAAAAAUGAGGAAAGGAGAAAUGUUACUUUCUGAAAGGUCAAAGAUUCCUCACAGACGAAGUGAAGUGUAGUUUAAAUGCCAAGACCAGCUUUAAAUAUUUUCUCUGAACACUAGCAGCUGAUUUAGAGUAAUAAUCAGGAAGUUAGAGAGUAAAUCUUCACCCUCAGCUUUUAAUCUUUUGGGGGUUGAAUGGCUGCCGGGUGUCUGGCCCCUGGUUUAUUUUCAGUGCUGCCUUGUUAUGAUAUAUUUUCAUAGUAAUCCUCCGAUUGUGACUUAGUUUUGUUACCCUAAGUGUUUCUCUGUGUGACUUUAGAGCGGGCUAAAAUACCUCCGACUUCUUUUGGGCCACAUUAACUUAAACUCAUCCUUGUACUUUGAGCAUUUCGACUCUGACUCGUCUAACUGUUGUGGUCUUUAAGGCUGCAACUAAAUAAUUAUUUUCAUUAUCCAUUAUUCUGCUGGUUAUUUUCUAGAUUUGUUGAUUGAUCACUCAGAACAUUUGUGAAAAAUGCCUUUGCAGUUUCUCAAAAAGUCUUCAAUGUAUUGUAUUGUCAGUAAACAACCCAAAGAUAUUCACUACAACCUAAAACAGAGGAAAAACUCCAUGUUUAAGAGGCCGGAAAUGGCACUUUCUGACAUUAUCACACUAAGACAUGACCUUCUUACUUUGAUGAAUCGACUAUCUAAAUAUAUAUUUCUUAUGGACUUUUCUUAAUUGUCUGAGUCAUUUCAUCUUUGAUUUUGGCUUUGACUUGAUUACAAAACUGCUGUCAGUUAGACACUUCAUAUAGACUUAAGUUGCUUAUUGUUGUUUUUUUUUCUUUUGACUUGUUUUGUUGGUGGCCCCCUCUGAAUCUCCUCUUUUACUACCCUAAAUAAGACUGCAAACUGACACUCCUUAGACUCAAAUACUCUGUUGACUUAUAUCUAUAUUUAAUCAAAUCAAACUAUUCAAAUCUGAUCUAGAGGCGUUUUUUUCUAUUAUCUCAUAGUUUUUUUAUUGAGCUUGUUUGAAGUUGUUACAGAAAUAUAUUGGCUUUUUUUGCACAUUUACAUUUAAUUUGAAGUGAUCCUGGAUUUGGAAAUAUCUGUUACAUAUUUACGGACGCCAGACACCCGCCGGUCAUGUGAUCAUUCGGGGUCAGAGGUUGAUUCACAUUCUUGAAAAGUAGAAAGUAAAUCCCCUUCACAUGGUCAGUACUUGUGGGGGUAAAAAAUGCUGAGAGGAGAUUUAUUCUCACGUCGUUAGUUCCUCAGUUAUGAGAAGAUAACUUCCACUUCAUGCUCCUCGAACAGAGCCAAUAGAUUUUCCUCCAGUCCGAACCUGAACUCAAUCGUAACUAUGAAAUGGUAUUUUUGCAUACUUUAAUUCCCAGCAAUUACGAAAAAAAGUGUUUUAAUUUCUGAUUUAAGCAAGCUGGUUGUGGCUGAGAAAGCUGAACAGUGCACUUGAGUGUUUUCAAUCUUCCAUUUCUGCUCGAUAUGCAAUGAAACUUAGUAAACACAGGAAAGAACUGCUUUAACAAUAUUUCACUCAAACUGUCUUCAAGUCAGCUGGACAUGUAGCUGUAACUUCAAUCUAUUCUGGGUGCAACAUUAUGUUUUAAACAUACUCUGUCAGGUUUAUUUUGUUUUGUAAAACCUCAAGUUAGUCAUCUGAAUCUUCCACAAAAAUCACUUACCGACAGGCCGACAGGUGCAAACACGCUUAAACGGUCAUAUACCAAUCCAUUGGGAGAAACAUGUUGCCGUUUAUAAAACGAUGCAAUUAAAAAAAUCACCACUGUGCCAAAACACCUGCCAAUGAAGAACAUCCUCUCCAACUUUACAACACAACAGUGAGUUGGCAAACUUUAAAAUCCCAGAAUGUCAACUAGCACACCGCUUUGUUUCGGACUGGUCUCUAUUUUUAAAUAUUUAUCCACAAAUGUCCCCUUCAUUGAAUCGCACUGGGAAAAAUGCAGAUUUUUUUUCACACAAAAUAUUAAUAAUUAAUAAUAUUGCAUUAGUGGAAGAUUCAGAUUAUUGAUUUAAGGUUUUGUGAAUUCUGGUUUUGUUGAAGAAAGACAAUUGUAAAGUCCAGUGUUGAUAUCCCACCAUCUGCUCACAAAAAACCUGAUCAAAGAAUUUUUCGGUUUUUGAUUAGACGUUAACAGCAGACGGCUCUUAGCAUGUUGUAGCCUGAUGUUGACUGCCUCUGUAGGGUUAGGACAUUUUUUAGGAAAUACAGUCAAAAUACAUGCAUCAGCAUUAUGAUCUUUACUUAUAUUAUUGAAGUUGCAUGUUCUUCCCAAUAAGCCUCAGGACCGUCAUGUCCCUUUCGUCCACACAGAUCAUGAUAAAAGACAUGUUCUCAUUCCUGCUUUCAAGAGGAUGAUCCCUUUUUAGAUUUGUAUGAUCCCAUGACCUUUCCUUAAGCCCCACCCUGAGGGCAGAUGGUCCAUUUCAGACCUUUUUGGACAAAAACGUUAUGCCAAAAUGCCAAUGUGUUAUUGUCACCAGCUAUGUGUACCUUUUUAGAGGGGCAAAUCAUACCAGCAUACUUUCUUGUUCGAAUACAUAGGUUGGCCAUUUAUAGCUCCACUAAAAGCUCUAAAUCACCAGGAUAUUGUUAAUAAAAGUUGCAACUUGUAGGGGAGAUUGUAAUUUUAAAAUAGAAGAAAUCAAUUUAAAACUGACUGAGUUCAAGAUGGAUUAAAUGGAAACUAUUUAGACUUUGACUGGACAGAAAGUGGAGUAUCAGCACUGGACUGUCAGACUGUAGAUGCUGUUUUUGUUUGUUUUUUGUGUUUCUUCUUGUGUUGUUGACAAGCAAUCCUGUUUCCUCUCUGCUGACGUCGAGCUGGACUCAAACUGAUGGAGGAGGGAACCCGUAGCAGCAGCCAAUCAGCUCUCUCUCAAUCCUCACAAUCUGACAAAAUACCAGCCGGGGUUUAAACAUGUAGCUGCCUGUUCGUGACAAUUUCAGCCUAGAGGUCUUCACAGGUCCACAACCUUGGAUCCAAUGAAAAAAGUGACCUACCAAAACCCUGCCUUCAUGCAUUCAUUCUCAAGCAACAACAGGCUGGAUUUAAAGGGGGCCGUCAGAACUUAUCUGAUAAAACCUAGAGGAUAUUAAGAAGUUGGACGUUAGGAGAAUACAACAGGGCUCUGAUUAGACUGAUUACAAUGUUAGCGAGAACCGAGAGGACCUGUGAAGACCUUUAGCUGCGCCACCAUGUUGGUUUAUCUCCUAACGUUGUAUUGAUGUACAAUCAGAGUCUGAAUGUUUGCUGUAAAACCUCCAAACAACAAACCAAAUGUACAAACAGAGGUCGACUGAUGACAGAUAACUGAGGUGGAUUUUAAAAGGAGGAUACAAUUAUGUAUUAACAUUUAGCGGGCUCUUAUUAUAAAUUCAAUGUGUUUGUGCUUCAGUAUUAUAUUGUGCAAACCUGAAACUGACAGCAUGUUUUCUCUAAAUACUUGGCAGGUAGCAACUGUAGCUGAUGAGCUAAGGGCUAACAUGCUACUUUGCCAGGAACGUGCCCUAGCUAGCUCAGAUGCUAACAGGUCUUAGCUAGCUGGCUUACGGCUAGCAAAUGUCGCGUUACAAACCAUACUGACCGGAAACAAAGAACUGACAUGGAUAAGAAGAUAAAGUUAGUUUGUUGUUCCAGUGCAACGUUAGCAUGACGCAGAAAAACCUCUAGGAAGAGCAUCAGUCUCAAAGACAAUUGUUUUCUCCAAAUGUACUGGCCCCAGAGGAACAACCAAUCCAAAAGAAACCCCUAAACUGCCCUUUUUAUAUAAAUAUUUAGGUGUAUAGAAUUCAUAAUGAGAUUUGUGUGAGCGCGGUUGAAAUGAACGCUAGCGCCCAUUGCAUGCAGUUGAGCCGUUUUGGAUUGAAUGCACCUGUUGGCUACUUUAUUUUAGUUGACACAUAAACAUCUAAACUAUCGGCUCAGAUUUAGACAUUGUGAAUGUUUUUAAAAGGAGAGACAUUACUAAAAGAAAUCACUUUAUAUCCCGCUUCCCAGAGGUAGCUCAGAGCUGAAGAUGUAAUGGAACAUUUUCUAGAGUUGUUCAGGUAUUUUGCUAUGUAGAAUUAAGCAUUAGCACUCCAAAAAACGAUUAUUUAGCAUUAAUUAAUCUUCAUAAUCUUUCUGAUUCGUUAUCUCUAAAAAUGUCAAAAUCAACUCUAAUGUACAUCUUUUAGUUCCCGUCGUUAAAGUGAUUACAAACUAUUGAAAUUAGAAGUUUUUCGCUUGGUGAAGUUUUAGUUUCUCCCAAUUUAAACCCCCUCUAACUAACAGGUGAUGUUUCUUUUUUAAUCGACACUGUAGUUUAAUCUGAUGCUGAAAACUAGUUUGAUCUAGUGAAUCAGUCGACCUCAAAGCUGUAAUCUGAGCUGUACCUGAUCUUUACCUUCUACUGUAGCUGUUUCAAUUUUCAGGAAUAAAAAACAUAUUAAAUUAUUCUGUGUA